AUGGCGAGUUUUGCCGAAAUGUUCUUUAUCUAUCCGUCGCUUUUGGGAAUCAAGAUGGUGUCGAUCCGAAACAACAAGAUUGUUCGAAUGUAUGGCUACACGGACGAUCUGCGGUUCUCUCAGGUGUUUCUGUUGCAUACCAACUUUGAGGUGUCCAUUGAAGCCUCUUCGGCGAAGAACCAGCUCCUGGAUGAGUUAUGGAACUCGGAUGCAGUCUUGUUUGUUUCAGCACGUGACCAGGAUAGAUUCUACUAG